UUGAGUUUCUCUAGCUUUUGCUAUUCCUCCCAGGGAUGUUUACCUCCAUCAGGAGGUAAACUUGCCCAGAAAAAGAUCAUAAUAGGAUCCUUUUCAGGAGUGCUUUCUGUAGUGUACCAGAAUCAUAUCGUGUUCUGUGAUGUAUGUGUCAGACUCAAUUGUGGCAGUGAAGGAGAACUUGAAACAGAAUUGAGCUCCCACGAUCCAAACCUGGGCUUGUUCCGGGAGCUCUCCCAUCAGUCGCAGCGUUGGGGACUUUGAUCUUCUGCCUGAGUCGAUCUGGGAGGAUACAGUAGGUUGUGGUUGAGGGACGGCUCAAGCUCCCUGGCUUCAGGAGGAAGGGGUGGCAGCUUUUUAAGUGUCAGGAGGCCAGGUUCUCAAUUCUACGUUCUCCAGUUGGCUCUGAAAAUGCUGUUCUGAUUUGAAACGUCAUCGAGGGGUUGUUUAAACACGUCAGAAGUGGAGUUAGCCCUCUUAGGCUAUUGAUCUGUCUUAUGAAGCUUUAAUGUUCCCUACAAGUUAUAUUUGGGGAAGGUGAGCAGCCCCAUCCACUUAGGAGUCAUGAAAGCAGCAUUAUCUGAGGAGCUGGGAUGCUCCGGUACAGGUGGUAGUCUGGGGAGGAUAUGAGGCAGUAAAUUUUCAAGUCAUAAAUCCUGCCAGGAGGAGCCUUGUGCUGCCAGAGGGCAUGACUUAGUAGUCUAAUUAUUAAGUGUGCAAUGCCAGGCCUCCCCGAGGCCUGAGUGCACAUCUCUGGCAGCCUGGGGGCUGGGAAAGUAACCACACCCGGUCAUUUCCAGGCACCUGUGUGGACUCUUACCCGCGUUAAGGAAGGGGCAUCCUGGUGCAGACAACCAGUCUUAUUCUCUGGCGUCUGCUGUGUCAUAUUUGGGGGUGUUUUUACUGCAUGUAUUUAUUGCUUUCCUCCACCAGAUAUCUUUGCUUCCCUAUUGUGUUGUGAAAACAGACUCAUAAUAAGUAUGAUCUGCCUUCUCUCAUAAAAACUGCAGUUGAUGAUUAAAGGAAGUGGCUCAAAAACAUGGCCAGAAGGGGAAACUAGAAUUUUGAAGACUGAAAACAAAAACAGGGAACAAAAAUCCCUUUUCUGUAAGACUUCUCUGGUGAUGUUCGUUUUGUUGGUCUUUUAUUUAGAAGCAGGUUCCCUGGUUUCUAUUUCUUGGUCCUUCACACCUCUGAGUGUAUCAGGCCCAUGACAGAUUUGCUCCAGGGUGCUCCUCUGCGCUGGGUGCACUCUGCCCUGUCACACUCUGCCCGGCCAGAGUGGGCCAGUCGGGCGCCAUCCAGGUCCUCGCUAAAGACGUGCUCGGCAAGCACAGACAGCCAGGGCCUGGGCCACGACAUUGCAGGCUCCUUUCAGUUGAAGUGUUGGGCUUCGCUGAGCUGAGAUUUUGUGGGGCACCCUUGGCCUUCAGGGAGGGUGGACACGGGAACAGGUGGGUUGGGAGGUGCUUCUCAGCUUGGGUGAGUUUCUUGCUGAAAGUCUCAUUCCUUGUGUGAUUCAAACCCAGAACCCACAGGGGCAUUGGGUUUCAGAUACGCAUGUUCUUUCCCUUCUCAGCUGACUGUGACUCUGUUUUUCUUUCUGCCUUUGUCUGGCUGAAACCCUGGGGAUGGGCUGGGAGUGGGUGUGUUGUCUAAAUCAGGCUGUCUUGUUGUCUGGUACCUUCUGUCCUUUAGCUGGUAACAGCCCCGUUUUGCCUAAAUAUCUGUGAGUUUGGAACAGUAUUAAUUGCUACUGCUUUUUUCUUUUUUUUUUCUGGUUGAAACAAUGAUAGGUGUUUAGUGUAGGAACUUUGAAAAAUAUGACAAAAAUCACUGGUGAUUCUGCCACCUAGAGAUAAUCACCGUUGACAUUUUGGGAGCAUUUACUUCCCCCCUUAUCUCUCUGUGUAUGUAUGUCUGUAGAAUUGGGAUCUCUGUAUAUUUAGUUACAUUUGACAAUUAUCAACUUUUCCCAUAUUGUUAAAUAGUCUUUAAAUAGCUCUACUAGUAGGUAUGUGAGUUGUUUCUGGACAUUUAUAGUCAUGUGCGUAAAUCUUGGUUACAUCAUUUUGUACCUUGUAAAGGCAUUACCGUUUUUAGGCCACGUGAAGGGACAAAUCUUCGCCUCCGAGACUGUUAGAAACCAAAUUAGAUCAGAGCAGCAGAUGAGCCUUGAGAAGGAAAAUGACGUUGGUUCCUUCUGUAGCUGCAGAACCAGGUCCAGAACCCUGUCUUCGACUUCCAGUUCAGGGCUCUGCCCACUGACAACCCAGAAGAGGCCCGAGGAGGGCGGGGCUUGGAGUUGACGGGCCACACUUCAUGUGGCCCCACCACCUACUAGCCGUGGGAUCUUGGUGACCCACUUAAGGUCUUUAAACCUUGGGCCCAUCCCUGAGAAACUGGGGUACAGUGAGGGGUGUGGCGAGGACUCAGUGCUCGCUCACGUGUAGACCACUCAGCACGUCACCCGGCCUGUCGUCCACUGUCAAGGAAGAGCAGUCUUUUUUUAAUGUUCCAAAUCCAGCAGGUCUAGCAAAAUGGCGUCUCCACUGUUCCAGAUGCUGCAGGAGGAGGUGUGCAGAUGCUCUGAUUUUCUCAGACAGUUCUGUCAGGCCAAGCAGAAAGCGGCCUUGCUGGAGCUGCUGCACGAGCUGUACAACUUCCUGGCCAUCCAAGCGGGUAAUUUUGAAUGUGGAAAUCCAGAGAAGCUGAAAAGCAAAUGCAUUCCUGUAAUGGAAGCCCAGGAAUAUAUAGCAAAUGUGACCAGCAGCUCCUCCGCCAAGUUUGAAGCUGCACUGACCUGGAUACUGAGCAGUAACAAGGACGUGGGCAUCUGGCUGAAAGGGGAAGACCCGUCCGAGCUGGUGACCACAGUGGACAAGGUGGUCUGCCUGGAGUCCGCCCGCCCCCGCAUGGGUGUUGGCUGCCGCCUGAGCCGCGCCCUGCUCACAGCCGUCACCAAUGUGCUCAUCUUCUUCUGGUGCUUGGCCUUUCUGUGGGGGCUCCUGAUCCUCCUGAAAUACCGGUGGCGGAAGUUGGAAGAGGAAGAGCAGGCCAUGUAUGAGAUGGUGAAGAAGAUUAUAGACGUGGUCCAGGACCACUACGUGGACUGGGAGCAGGACAUGGAGCGCUACCCAUACGUGGGCAUUCUACACGUGCGUGACACCCUGAUCCCGCCACAGAGCCGGAGGCGCAUGAAGCGGGUCUGGGACCGGGCUGUGGAGUUCCUGGCCUCCAAUGAAUCCCGGAUCCAGACAGAGUCCCACCGUGUGGCAGGAGAAGACAUGCUGGUGUGGAGAUGGACUAAGCCCUCUUCCUUCUCUGACUCGGAGCGAUAAACUCUGGGCGGGGGCCUGUUCCCAAUCAGCCUGUCCCAGGCCAGUCCCCUCCAGGGGCCCGAGAGGGCCACCAUCCUGCCGGUGCUGAAUUCACACUUGCCUUGACUUUCACCCUCCUCCUGACCUUGGUUCCACAGGUGUCUCUGAGACUCUUCAGAGAGAGCUCAGUAGGAAGGCGUGGGCUUUCUCGAAGGGCAAGGGGAGAAGCCAGAGGCCAGGUGGGCAGCUGCCCUCUGCGUGGGUCCAUCCUCUCUGCCCCCUUUUGCUGGCAGAAAGGGGAGAAGGGUUUGUUUUCCGUGAAAAGAUAAAAGGGCAGCGGCCGGGACCCCCUGCAGAGCAAGUGUGCAGCUGGGUGGGCCGAGCACUCGGCAGCGCGUUGGGCCCAGCGCCCAUAGGAGGUGGGUCGGGUGGCAGGCUGGGAUCGCAGGGCGUGGGAGCAGCUUGGUCAUGUGCCUUCGGGGGGGGGGGGGGUGUUACCUGGGAGCUCAAGGGUGAGGGGAGAAAGCCGGUCCGUGAGCUGGAUUGGGCCUCUUAUCUCGGAGAGGGGAGGUGCUAGAAAUCAGAACAAGUGCCGAAGGAGAGCUACAGACGCGGCCGGGCACGCGCGGCCUCAGGAGGGAGCCCGCUGGGGCGGCCUCCCUGGAGGAACCUGGAGUCGACGGCGCGCCUCCGACAGUUGAGAGCGAGUGUGAGCGGCCCCGCGGGGCGCGGCCUCCCCGGUGCAGGCCUGCAGCCGCGGCGCGGCCCCUGACCGCGCUCCGGGGCCUGGGGGGCCACGCGCUUCCCGUGGGCGAAGAUCGCCGGGGUUGCGGCGGCGACCGCGCCUCCCCGCCCCGGGCGCUUUGCGGGCAGCUUCCGUGCGCGGGGGGAGCCCCCGCGGGGGCCUUGUUACUGCGGGGCCCGAAGCCUCUGCAUCGAGCGCAGACCCACGCGUUCUCGUCCGCGGCGGGCGGGAGAGGGGGCGAGCCGAGGAAACGGAACAGCGGCCUCCAGAAGGCAUUAAGCACCCCUCUCUGGUCUUACUGGUAUUUUUUGUUUCCUUAAUAAAGCGCCAGUCUCCCUCAUUUGAACAAUACUCUGUCUCAUUUCCUCUGAUGUCUGGGUGAUCGGCGGGGCUGGAAUCCGAGCGCCGGCCCCGUGGCAACGCAGCAUCUCAUAAUCAGGCUCCAGCCAGAAGAAGAAACUGCACCAGGCUUCACUAUGGGGGAUGAAACUGCUGGAUAAAUAAACUAUUUAUUAAAAAUGGA